AUCAAGCUUGGAACCCUGGGAUCAAACUCACAACAUUGUGGCUAUGGUACCAGCAUUUAACCACUGCACCAGGGCUCCUGUAAAACCUGCAGUGCAUUCCAAACUGCAUCAUUUCUACAGUAUAGUUGCACUCAUACCCUCAUUGACAUGGAAGCCAUCAACUGCCUCAUCCAUCAGAUCCCCUGUACUCUGAUCAUGUGGGCUCUUGCCCAUGACAGCUCAUGACAGCUCUUCUCCUAAUGUGUUUUGACUCAUAGCUUCCAUCAACUUCACCCACUAUAGCUAAUAGUCCAGAAUAUCUGAAAGACUAGCAGUGGUUAUACUCCAGAACAUCUAGAAGAUGCCACCCUAGAGCUGAAUCCAAACCUCCUGGGAUCCCAGUAUGCCCCCUUAGGACCACAGCUCCUUCUCUUUACACCAUUGUUGCAUAAACAGAUAAAGACAGUUGCCCAUCUGAAUGUCCAUUGGAUGCAUUCACUGACCUUUGCUGUAGUGUGUGCAAUGCAGUUCAAGUCUGUGGUAAGGGAAGCCAUCUUAGCCACUUCCCACAUUUACUGUACUUCCCCUUUCUUCAGAAGGGACGGAUUUCCGAGCUCUUCAUCUGAGACAGUGGUAUUCAAAGUGGUGGUUUGUGAACUGGUGCCAGUUUGCAAACUAUCAGCUGCUGCCUUGUGUCCAGGUUCCUGGAAAGAAAGAAAGAAACAGUUGUAGCCAAUAGAUACAAAUGCAGUGCUGGUCCCUGGCAGGUAGGGGAAACUUUCCUCCAUAUCAACUUGAGAAGCACUGAUGUAGGGGACAUGGGUGUGAUGAGAUCAUCCUGCAAUGGUUUCUAGGAAUGUUUAGUAGGUUAAAUAAAUUAGUGCUUUUCAUGCUAGCUGAUGUGGGGGGGGGGGGGCAGCAUUUCCCCCCAAAUAAGUCAGGUACCAUAUAGUACCAUAUUUGUGAUCAUUAGCUACAAAUGUUUCCUUUCUAGAAGCAGUCAACAGGCCCGAAUGGCUUGCAGACAGACACUGAUCCAGGGACCACCACUUUGAGUAAUUCUGAAAUAAAUUAUACACAAUAUAGUUUGUGGAGGAGCAGUAUGAAAACAUUACUGGCAGUGCUGGGUGACUGCUGAUGUCAACAUCUAGAUUGCAGGUGGCUAAGUAUAACAUGAUUAUUUGCAGUAUAUUCACAUUAUAUUGAAUUAAGCUCCACCGUUGAAGGGAAUAUAAUUGUUAGUUUUAAGGUUCUAAGAGGGAUAAAUCUGGAAACUUGCCAGAAGGGUGGCCCUUUGUUCCCCCAUAUUCUCUUCAGACCACAGGGAUGGCAAUGCAAGAGCAUCUGUGCAUGAAGGAAUGUCAUCGAAGUCCCAUAACAGCUCUUGGCUAUCAUACAGCUCGAGGAGAGUGCCUCACUGGCUUUGCAGAUGGAGUGAUCAAGUGGUGGGACAUGGAGAGCGGGCACAUGGCUCUGUGCGCCAAAGAGCAUGCUGGCUGGGUCACCCAUUUCCUGUCCUGGGCACAGGCACGGCUCCUCUUCUCUGCUUCCAAUGACAGCUCUGUGCUUGUGUGGGCUGCAGGUGGCACUGUGCUUGACCGUCUUCUGCUAGGCUAUCCCAUCUUCACCUUGGCAAUCAGCCUGUCUCGGCACCUCCUGCUUUGUGGCAGCAAGGGACGCCUCAUGGCUUUCCCCUUGGAUGAAAGAAGAGAAUCCGGACAUGUGGUUCAUAUGACCAAUGGCUUUUCUGAUCAGACGCACACAGACAUCGUGUCUUGCAUCUCCUGCCUAGACAACCAAAUAUACACAGCAGGGUAUGAUAGGAAGCUGCUGAUUUUUGACACCUAUCAGACUCGGGGUCGGAAAGGCCUGACAACCAAGUACUGCAUCCAACGUGCCCAUAAUGCAGCUAUCACACAUCUGUUGCUGGUACGCCAUCAGGAAACCACCAGAGUGCUGUCAGGUUCUUUUGACCAGACAGUUGGCAUCUGGUCCCAGGAUGGACAGCUGAUCCAGCGCCUUGGUCCCUUCACUGGUAACAUUACUGGACUGUGCUAUGUGGUAUCGGUUGGCAUCGUCUGGAUCGCCAGUGGCACAUCCCAACCCACCCUCUAUGAGCCCCAGUCUGGGGAAAUAGUUUCACAGUUCAUAUCCACAUUCCAGGGGAAUCGCAAUGGCCCUCUUCUUCAGCAACUUAUCAGCCUGCCAGACUCAAGGCAUGUGAUUGGCACAGCAAAGCCACAGCAAGUGUUGGUCUGGCGCUACAGUGAAUUGGGAUGCCUAACAGUGCUACUUUGCAAACACCCACUUGAAUGUCUAGCCUAUGCUAAGAAGGGAUCUAUUUUGCUCUUCAGUGGAGACAGCAGUGGGACAGUGCAGAAAUGGGAAAGGAGCUACAUAUCUCCCUUUAUCUACAGCAGGGAGUCCUUCCACCUCAAUGAAGCCCAGCUAGAACGACGAGGACCCUUGGCCCAGCAGGGGAACAAGGGUUGCAGAGAGGAGUUCCAACCUCACCCAGAUUCUAAUAAAAAACGGAGAUGGGUCUCUAGUAGUCAUCACAGUAGCCGCACCAGGAUCUGGAGCACAGCCAAAGGCACACAAAGAGAACGCACAGGCCUCAUAAGAGCCCUGUUUGUUGAACAGCUGGAUAUUCUGGUGGUGUCAGCAACAGAUGGGAACAUCUAUCUCUGGGAAUUUGAGAACUUAACUCCAAGUGCUGAUGUCCAGCAAUGCCUACCAGUUUUGGACCAAGACUCUAGAACACUGGCUUCAUCCUGCAUCCAAGAUGAGAAGGCCCAAGAUAAUUCACACUCUUGUGUAGCAGGUUUCACCUGCAGAACGGUGCUGUGUGGACAUACAAGCCUGGUGACAGCGCUCACCUUGGCAGGUGAUGACACUGACACCUGCUUCCCCUACUUGCUCAGUGGGGGAUGGGAUGGAAGGCUAUGUCUUUGGGACCUUCAAAACCACUCCUUCCUAAAUGCCUUCUCCAACCUGCCUAUGAAUUAUGAGCCCAUCUUGGAUAUGGCCUACUCCUCCAAAAGGAGGGAAUUUGCUUUCUCUUCCAGCACUGGCAGAGUUUUCAUCUGUGCCUUCAAACCUCUUUGCGCUGACCUGGUGCUCCUGACUGAGCUUUGUGGGCACAAAGCCACUGUUGUAGCCUUGCUCUGGCAUCCAUUUACAAACAAGUGGGUCUGUGGUGCUGAAGAUGGCUCCAUUCAACUUUGGAAAGAAGAUGGUAAAUGCUGUGUACAAGACCUGAUAGCCCCCAGGGGAAUCACUUGCCUUUGCAUUGACCAGGUUAAUGGCUGCAUUGUUGCCGGGGUCCAUGACACCAUUAGAGUUUAUGACCCAAGCUCUGGGGUGCAAGUUCAGACAUACAUAGGGCAUCAAGACUCCAUCAAAGGUCUCGUGCAUGUACCAGAAAGGAAGCAGUAUGUGUCAGUCUCACUGGAUGGUACAGUAUGCAUGUGGAAGGCCUAUUGCCAAGGGGAAUAACCUGAGGCCUAGCUCAUGUGGCAUUUUCCUAGUCCUGCUUUAAUGCUACCCAGGAAUCUGAACUCUGGCAUUCUCUGCUUCUGUAUCAGUGAAGAGAUACAUUUCCACCUGCUGACUGCACAAGAAAGCCUGCAAAUACAUGAGUAGCUGCAUCUGUGAGAUUCUCAGAAACAAGAAAAUACCUGGGUGGGGUUGCCAGUGGCCAAGGGUGAGGCUUUAUGCUGUGAUGCUUCCUGUCCCUCACAUAAAUAUACGUCCCCUUCCCCUUUGCCUCUCUUCUUUUUUUCUCUCGGCUGUCAUAGAGGACACCAAAAAUAAAAUAAUGUUUUUGAAAAUCCAACAUUUGUAGUGAGAAUAAAUGAUGUCAGUUAAGUACAUAAAAGCCAGUAUGGAAUACUGUCAAUAAUUCAUUUUGAGCUCUGCCUGGGGCCAGGUCCUGCUGCAUUAACUAGAUUGAGCUUCAAGUGGAUAAACAAUUUGCACAUGGGAGGGAGAUGGAAGAACUUCAAAAGACCAGCCAUGAGCAGUGAUUGGGUACUCUCAUCCAGCCUGAAGCUUGCAGAAUAUAUUCACAUCACGGAGCCAUCUUUAGAUAUUCUUUGUAUAUUGAUACCUUAAGAAGCAGUGAAACCUAGACCCAAAUAGUACAUGUCCUUGCACAUGAGCUGAAAGUCUUUCCCCUGGUAUGAUCAAAGCUUUUAGUCUUAUAAGUGUUAUUUCCCCCCCCCC